AUGCUCGACUUCAUGGACUAUAUCCAGCUGGCCUUUGCCGAGGCCACGCGCUGGAACCGCGACAAUUCCUACUCCUCGCUCACCACCACCGCCCAGUCAAUCCUAGAUUUCUCGACCCCGGAACGACUGCGCGUCCACCUGUCCUCGCUAUCCACUCCGCACUUCGCAACCAGCUACACACUAGGCACCGUCGGCCUGCUCGACGGCUCCGUCUCCUAUCUGUUCAGCACCGUCCCCUUCAACGACACCCCGAGCCAAAGCGCGCUGAUCCCCCUGCGUAAGAUCUCCCCAGGCUACCGCCAAGUGCACACGCCCGCGACGCCCGCGCAUACAUGGGCAUGGGACUCACUCCUCAACGGCAUCAAUAUCAAGAUUCCCGGGCUGAAGGACGGCUCGCGCUCGGCAACCGGCAAAGAGCCCGAGCACAGUGCAGUAGACAACGAUGGCCUAGAGCGAAAAGCGACGCUGCUCCAUGCCUCACUCCAGCUCCCGCCGCCAACAACUCUCAAUGCCCUCUUCCUGCGCCGCAUUUCUCCCACCAUGCAGCUCUCCCUGGCCGUCUGUUCCACCCAGGGUCCGCCGCUGUCCAAUUCCGCGCCGCAGGCCUCAAUGCUGGCGCAGCUCUCGCAUGACGCGGGAAAAUAUAGCAACGAAUACCUCUUCAGCACGGAUAAUGCUCUAUUCGGCUGGCGCGGGCUGUGGAAUUUCGGCCCUGACCCGCGUCUGGCGCGUCCCGACGCUCCGCCUCAAUUGGCACUUCUGUCUGCUGGCGCUGAGGCAUACUACUCCCCUAUAUCGUCGUUGGUCGGCAUGUCAACUGGCCUAAGAUUCACCACGUUACCACCAGCAACCGAGGUCCCGUCUGCUUCCUCUUCGUCUUCCUCUUCUACGCCUCCGGCGCCCAUUUCCACCUUCCCUUAUACAUUAACCUUAACACUCACCCCGAUAACGGGCUCCCUAUCCACAACAUACUCUCUCCGCGCCUCGCCCAAUAUCUCCUUCAGCUCCCGCUUCGGAUUCAACGUCUACAGCUGGGAAAGCGAGAUGGUCGCGGGCUGCGAGCUCUGGCGGCGGAAAGCCAAAUCGGCAGCCAAGGAAUCAGAUGACGGCCUCGAGUGGGCGCGUCGUAAGAUGCGUAUGCAUGAUUUCUCGGCGUCCCUUCCGGGCUCUUCAGUCCUGGCUGAUCCGGCUCAGCCUGCGUCCCCCGUUAAGCCCGAGACUGAGACUGAGGCGGAGUCUGAGGCCAGUGACUCGGUUGUCAAAAUCCGGAUCGACCAGUCUUGGAACGUGCGCAUCCUCUGGGAAGGCCGUGUCAAGGAACUGCUUGUGAGCGCAGGCGUCGGGCUGGGCCCGGGUUCGUUCUCGAUGUCUCCCUCCGCUGCAUCUGGGGCUGGAUCUAGCCAGAGUGGAGGCGGCGCGCCGGGCUCGUCGUAUUGGCGUGGAGUCGGGGUGUCGGUACUGUAUUCGUCGUGA